UCCACAGUGUUUUGCGGUGAUACGAUCGUGUUUAUUUUAAAAGACGAUGGAGCCAUCAGAUUAAUUGAAAAAAAAUAAACAACGUAUUUAUCACGUGGCAAAAAAAAUAUAGAUUAAGAUUAAUAUAAUAUCUCACAAGUUGAGAUUAUUUAUUGACGUGAUUUGUGCUAGUUGGUCUUGACGCACAACUUACAAUCUACCCCCCUUCAAAUCGAAAAAAGUUAACUCUUAACGUUGUAAAUGUUCUACAACAGAAUCAGACCUCGACUGGACAACACCGGAUCAACAACAACGUCUCAACGUAAUGGCGUGAACAUCCUUAUAAAAGACAAUUGAAUUGUUUUUAUUUUUCCAUGUGUUUAUAAAUUUCAUAAUAAUUAUUAUUUAUUAGAACUUUUUUUUUUUUAUAAUAUUGUGUUUUUAAUUUUAAAAAAAUUUAAAAUGUCGUAUAUACGUUCAACUGGUGAUGUGAUUGGAUUUUUACUGCUUUCUGCAGUUACAAUUAUCAAGUCAAUAUUUAAAUUUUUUGUACCAAAAAAAUAUCAAAUGAAAUGUGUCUCGGGUGAAAUUGCACUUGUUACUGGUGGUGGAGGUGGACUUGGAAGGCUUCUUUCAUUAAGACUUGCCAAUCUUGGUGCUAUUGUUGUCGUUUGGGAUAUCAACAAAGAUGGAAUUGAUGAAACUGUAAAAUUAGUUCAGUCUGCUGGAGGCACGUGUUACGGCUAUGUUUGUAAUCUUUGUAAUCGUGAAGAUGUCUACAAAAAAGCUGCAUUAUUAAAAGAACAAAUUGGAAAGGUAUCAAUACUAGUCAACAAUGCUGGAGUUGUUAGUGGCAAAAAAUUCAUGGACACACCAGAUGAUCUUAUAAUAAAAACUAUGGAUGUCAAUAUCAUGAGCCACUUUUGGACGGUUAAAGCAUUUCUACCAGGAAUGAUGGAAGAUAAUAAAGGUCAUAUUGUUAGUAUUGCAAGUCUUGCUGGACAUGUUGGUAUACCAAAACUUGUUGAUUAUUGUGCAUCGAAAUUUGCAGCAGUUGGUUUUGACGAAGCACUACGUAUGGAGCUUGAGGCAGACGGUUACAAUAUUAAUACAACUGUAAUAUGUCCAUAUUUUAUAAGAAGUACUGGCAUGUUUGAAGAUGUUCAAUCAAGAUUCAUGCCAACCUUGAGUCCAAAUGAGGUUGCUGAUCGUGUUAUAUCUGCCAUGAGAUGUGAUGAAAAAUUUGCAAUUUUACCAAAUUUUUUCCAGGGUUUACUUGCUGCUAAAUGGAUAUUUCCAUGGAAUUGUGUAUCAAUGUUUUUACGUGGACUUGUUCAUGAUGCAUCACCAGAACAUUCUGAAGUAAUUAAACCUAAAUUUGGACAAGAAAAUACUGAAUCAAUGAAAGAUCAAAAUGUUAUUCAUCAACAACUUACAAGGCGUAUAUCAAGCUCUGAAAGAAAACCAUAAAAUAUAUAUUAAUAAUAAUAAUAAAAACUUAAUAUUGAUAUUAUUUGCCAGAUAAAAUAAGUCAAAAUGUUCAUAUAAUAAUAAUUGUGAUGAUAAUGAGUAAUAUGAUUGAUUAUAUAACAAAUGGAAAAAAAAAAAAAUUUCGAAAAAAAGGAUUUAUAAAGUUUGAAAAAUACACCAUGUGAUAUUUUUUUGUUCAUUUUUUAAGUUUAUAUAGUCAAGUCUCCUUUAUGUGUAGAUAAUAAUUGAGCUCAAUAUUUUUUUUCUAUUAACAUUCUGGUUGGUGCCAUUGCUUGCCUUAUAAAAAUAAUCAAAUAAAAAAUUUCUAAAAUUUAUUUCAACUAAUUUAAAUUAAAAAAAAAAUAAUAUUUAAUAUUUCUUUUUAUUUUCUUCUUCUUGAAGUUCUUUUGCGUAAAUAAAAAAAAAAGGUUUUUAAAGAUAUUAAUUCAAGAGAAAAUAAUACGACCCUAUUCUUGGAAAAUACUCAUUCAAAAUUAAUGAAUGAAAUUUAAAAAACAAGGAACUACAUGAAUGAAAAAAAUUAAAAUCAAUCACGAUAUUUUUUUUGCUAAUCUCUCUGUGUAGUAACAAAAAUAAAUAAAUAAAUAACUAUGUAUAAUAUUGGUUAAAAAAAUUUAUUUUGAUGCCAUUAAUAAUGACACUUGCUUGUUUUUCUAAUUCAAUAAAAGUAUUUUAAAUAAAUAAUAAUAAUUACAGUGUUGAUAAAAAAAUUGAUUCACUACUUAAUUCAUUAAUUUUUCAAGUGAUUAAUUUUUUUAACGAUGAGGAAAGAAAAUAAGAAUAUUAUUCUAAUAUUUUUUUUAUGCUGACAAUCAAUGCACUGACGUUUUGAUGGUGACAUUACACGUGGUGUUAAAAAAAACCACAAGAUAAAUGCAUUAUUAAAAGCAUUUAUCUUGUGUUAUUUAAAUUAAGGAAAAAAUUAAAUUAAAAAACUAUUGCUGGGCUUUGGAGCAAUCGUAUUUAUCGCGGUAACUAUCACACAAAUUUAUUUUUUCCUUCACCAUUAAUAUAAUAUGUAAUCAUUGUUAAAAGUUUAAGCACACAAGUUACAUUGCUGUUGGAUGUUUAAGUGUUAUUUAAAAUAAAAAAUCAAACAGAGAAUAAUUUAAAUUGUGUAAUUUUAUUACAUAUACAUUUUACAUUUUUAUUUUCAAUCAUUAAAUAAAAUGUAAUUAUUAAUGAGUCGUAAAAAAAAUACAAAAUUUCUUAAGCAACUUUUAAAAUUAAUGAAUAAUUUUUAAUUUUUUUUUUAUUUUACAUAUUAUUUUUAUUAAUUUAGUUGGCAAAUUUAUUAUGAAAAAGUUUUUCAAUAUUUUUAUAUUUUCUAUAUGAAGAAAUUAUAAAAAAGGGAAAAGAAAAAAAAAAAUUAAACAUGGUUAUUUUUUUUUAUUGCUUCAUUAUUAUUUAAUUAUUAUUUUAUAAUUAGUGGAUAUGGGUAUCAUGAUGAAUCAUUAAAUAUAGUAACUAUAGUAAUCAGCAAGUUUUAUUAAAAAAUAAUGCAAAAAUAGAAAUACUAUCUCAUGAUAGUUCUAAUAUACUUGAAAUGAUGAAACUUAUGAUUUUAAAAUUGAAUUAUCAAUGAAGGAUUGUUCAAUAAAUAAAAAUCUUUGGG